AUGGGGAAGCUCGACGACGAAGGUGUCCCCGAGGCCGUGCCCUUGACUCGCAACCGGUCGGGCUCCCUCGCUUCACAAACAACGACCGACUCGGGUUUGUCCGUGGCCUCCGCAACGUUCCUCGACGCUUACAAGGGAGAGAUGUUCGCCGCGGCGGGCGAUGAGACGGAAGAUCAGGGACAGCCAUACCGCGAUAUAGAAGAUGGAGGAGACCGGGGCACUGAGGAGCCGUUCCUACCCGGCGUAAAGAAGACUACGUCUUCAAGUCGUAUGCGUCGGGUUCUAUGGGCGUUGGGCUCACUCUGCGUGGGAGGUUGGGUGCUCGCGUUUGUGCUGUUCCUGACCCAGAAACGGCCAGAGACCGCGGCACUUUCCUCGGCCUCUACCGUGAGCGUCCAUGAUCCGCACUCGGCUACAGGUGGUUCGAGCUAUGGAAGGCCGGUGACCCUGGAGCAGGUGCUGGCGGGACAAUGGUUGCCGCAAUCGCAUGCGAUUUCGUGGAUUGCGGGGCCGAAUGGCGAGGACGGGCUCUUGGUUAAGCAGGGAGAAAGUGGCUCGGGAUACCUGCGAGUGGAGGAUAUUCGCAGCCAGAAAAACGAGGCCAGCACCUUCGAGACGAGAGUAUUGAUGGAAAACUCGUAUUUCUGGGUUGAUGGGGAACUCGUCAGUCCUGUCAAGACAUGGCCGAGCCCCAAUUUGGAGAAGGUCUUGGUCCUGUCCAACUACCAAUCUAACUGGAGACACUCUUAUUAUGGAAAGUACUGGAUCUUCGAUGUUGCCACGCAAAAGGCAGAGCCGCUGGACCCCAAAGACCUGAGUGAUCGAGUACAGCUGGCUACUUGGUCGCCGCAGUCCGAUGCCGUUGUCUUCGUCCGGGAAAACAACCUGUUCCUCCGCAAGCUGUCAUCCUCCGAAGUCAUUCCCAUCACGAAGAAUGGCGGGGCCGAUCUCUUCUACGGUGUGCCCGAUUGGGUGUACGAGGAGGAAGUGUUCUCGGGCAACGUUGGCACUUGGUGGUCCAAAGAUGGGAAGUUCCUUACUUUCCUGCGGACGAAUGAGUCCGAGGUCCCCGAAUACCCAGUUCAGUACUUCCUCUCGCGUCCGUCAGGCGAAGUGCCGCCGCCGGGUCUGGAGAACUACCCGGAGGUCAGACAAAUCAAGUACCCCAAGGCCGGAGCUCCCAACCCGGUCGUCGAUCUGCAAUUCUACGACGUGGAGAAAAAUGAGGUGUUCUCCAUCGACAUGCCGGAUGACUUUGCUGAUGAUGACCGUAUCAUCAUCGAGGUUGUCUGGGCAUCCGGGGGCAAGGCCCUUAUUCGGGAGACCAACCGCGAGAGCGAUGUUGUCAAGAUUUUCGUGAUUGAUACCAAGCCUCGAACUGGCAAACUUGUCCGUUCAGACGAUGUUGCCGCUCUUGAUGGAGGCUGGGUUGAGCCUUCGCAGUCCACCCGCUUCAUCCCGGCAGAUCCCAAGAAUGGCCGCCCAGAGGAUGGCUAUGUCGAUACUGUGAUCCACGAGGGCUAUGACCAUCUCGCCUACUUCUCACCGAUCGAUAACCCUGAACCCGUGAUGCUUACCAAGGGUGCAUGGGAAGUAGUCAAGGCACCUUCCGCUGUCGACUUGACGAGGAACCUGGUCUACUUUGUGUCGACGAAGGAAUCGCCCACUCAACGCCAUGUAUACCAGGUCAAGCUUGACGGAUCUGACCUUCGACCGCUGACCGAUACCUCAAAGCCUGGUUACUUUGAUAUUUCAUUCUCCGAGGGCUCUGGAUACGGCCUCCUCAGUUCCCGGGGCCCAGCAGUCCCAUGGCAAGCAAUCAUUAACAAUCAAGGGGACAAAGUCGAAUACGAAGCUGUCAUCGAGGAGAAUCCGCGCCUCACCGAGAUGGUUGAAGAUUACGCACUCCCCGCGGAGAUCUAUACAAACGUGACAAUUGAUGGCUACACCCUUCAAGUGCUCGAGCGCCGACCGCCACACUUUACCCCGUCCAAGAAGUACCCAGUGCUCUUCUUCCUAUAUGGUGGACCUGGCUCUCAGACAGUUGACCGCAAGUUCACUGUCGACUUCCAAUCAUAUGUCGCUUCCAGCCUUGGAUACAUUGUUGUCACUGUCGAUGGUCGAGGAACCGGAUUCAUUGGACGUGAGGCACGCUGCAUCGUCCGUGGCAAUCUGGGCCACUACGAAGCGAAUGAUCAGAUUGAGGCCGCCAAAAUCUGGGCCGCCAAGCCCUACGUUGAUGAAAGUCGAUUAGCUAUCUGGGGCUGGAGCUAUGGUGGUUUCAUGACUCUGAAAGUCCUCGAGCAAGAUGCCGGCCAAACAUUCCAAUAUGGCAUGGCUGUGGCGCCGGUCACAGACUGGAGAUAUUAUGACUCCAUUUACAGCGAGCGCUACAUGCACACCCCCGAGCAUAAUCCUACCGGCUUUGACAACGCGACAAUUAAUGACGCAGCGGCUCUGGGCCAGAACACACGAUUCUUGAUAAUGCAUGGUGUUGCAGAUGAUAACGUCCACUUCCAGAACACACUUGUCUUGAUUGACAAGCUGGACUUGGCGAACAUCGACAACUACGACAUGCAAGUGUUCCCGGAUUCAGAUCACAGCAUCUUCUUCCACAAUGGACACACGCUCGUCUAUGAACGCCUUUCGAGCUGGCUCAUCAAUGCGUUUAAUGGCGAGUGGCUUCGCAUCGCGAAUCCGAAACCCCAAGAGGAUUCGGCGUGGAAUCGGGUGAAGCGGUCUUUGCCAUUGAGAAUUCUUGCUUGA